AUGCAUUUCGCUGUUGCUUUCACUACCCUUACAGCCCUGGCCAUGGGAGUCGCUGCCGACCCUCAUUCCAAGCCUCCGCCAAACGCUAAUGUCAUUGCCGCUCGCAUAUGGGGCGACAGCGACUGUGGUGCCAAGAACAAUAACCACAACCUCGGGGAAUUGACUCUCCACGGUAGCGACGACGGCAAAUGUAGCAAGUUCUCCGAUGAGAUCAAGUCUGUUAAGCAGUACGACCACGAUUAUAACUGCAAAUUGGUUCUCUAUCAUGACAAAAACUGCAAGCGUGGAAAGAAGGACAUUAGAGAUGGCCAAUGCCGUGAAACAUUGAGGCACUUUGGCAGCUACAAGGUGGAAUGCAAGUGA